AUGAACAUACCUCAUUAUACCACCCAUACUCAUAUUGUCUCAACUAGAUUCAUUAGAAAAGCUAUAAAAACCAUCAAUAGUUCAUUCCUUGAGUUAUUACAACUGCCAAUCACAGAUCUAGUAAAUGUAGCAACUGAUAAUACAUCGGUUACAGCGUUAUUGCUGGAUAAAAUUACACUUAUUCGUCAAUUAAACUCCAAAAUAACUAGUGAAAAUGUCAAGUCGCACAAAAAUAUCAACAUUAGAUACGAAAAAGCAUUAAACCUUAGACUACGCACCCUUGUUUCGUUAUUCAACCCUGAACAAUCAUGUAAAUUUUCACUAAAAAUCAACCAAGACGAAUUAUUUCUUAGUAAUAUCGCAAAUAAAAUAUUAAAUGACAAAAAUUCCGCUUUAAUCCACCACUUAUCAAUGUUGACUUCAAUUGUAUAUACAAACAAAUUGAAUGCCGAUGAUUUUGUGUUUGGCUGCAAAACUAAAUUACAAGCUUUGGAAGAUAGUUUUAUUACAAAAAUCUACACUAUUAUUCAUACAAAUGUAUAUCUUGAUCUUUACCAUCUGACUUAUUGUCUAUCUUUAUUCUCCGUUUAUUACGGUCAAUACAAAUCAAAAUUGUCAAACAAUAAUGGUGAAUUACCAUUAUUCUCACCUUAUUUAUCUAUAUUUAAACAAAAUAAGCAAUUGUCAUUAAUUACUGAUGAAUUAUCUUCUGAAAAUGCAAAUUUUGAUAAUCCAGUUAAUUUAAAUGGUCACAGGCCAAAUAUUGAUAUAAUACAUUCUAUCCUAGAAAAAAUAUCGGAUAAACUACUUUCAAGUGACAAUUUAAGCGCCGAAAUAAUAAGUUUGUCGUUAGAAUCUAUUGCAAAUAUUUACACUAUUGAUAACAAAGGCCUAUCCAAUGUCAAUAAUCUGUUACAGAAAUUGUUACAUACACCAAUUGAAAGAUAUUUAAUUUCAAAUUAUGAUAGGCUAUCCGACAUUAAUAUCAAUACUGGAAUACAAAAUCCAUCCAUCCUGUCACAAUCAUUAUACGGAAUUUAUAUGACUGGAAAUUUUAAUUCCCCGCUCUUUAAUCAAAUAGUCAAUUCAUUAACAGAAGAUAUAUUGAAGAAAGUCAAGUUCAAUAACCCUAUUGAAUUAUUUAGAACAUCAUUUUCUCUUAUCGUCAGUAAUCAAAUCUCCAAAGGAUAUAUUUCAAAAUGGUUACUAAAGGAAAUUGUUCGUUUGUCUAGUGAAGCUGUUAAGUAUCCGUCGCAAUUUUUAUUCCUACUAACUGGUCUAUCGUUAAGUCCAAAUCUGUCACUGAUGGAAAGUGAAAGGAAUAUCGGUUCGUCCAUCUCCUUCGACAAAUCAAUCUAUGAAAGGGCAGAAGCAGAGUUAAAACUGUUAGAGACAGGCGAACUAUCGUUCACUUCUGACAUUUUGUCAAUGAAACAUCUGUUCUCGCUAGCUGAAUCUCUUAUACCUACUUUGAAUAAUUCUGAAUUUGUGCAAAUAUUACAUUCAUUUUGCUCCACAAAAUUACAUCAUCCAAGAUUAGUAAAGAUAAAGUUGUAUUCUGAAGGCUUAAAAAGAUUGCCUAUGUUGCCAGUAGAGGCAAUUCCUCAGCUUUUAAGAUCUUCUAUUUGGUUGCUAUCAGCAAAGUCUGAUGAUACAAUGAGAUUAGCUUACGCUGUAACUGAUAGGCUUUUAGGCGAGUUGGUCAAGGGUUGUAUCAGUUCAUUUGUAAUUAGUGAAUCUUUGGUACUGCUGGAUAAAUGUAGUAUAUAUUCAAAGGAAUUGGCAAUUGUUGCCUGUAUUGCCUUUUCUAGAAGAAAUUACCAGGAUUUAGAUGAUUUAAAUUUCAACUUCACAGCCAAACUGUUACACUAUUUAUCCAGCAGCAGCAUUACACCCUCAAUUAAGACAAGCGGGGAGUUGAAGGAGACAGAAUUGGAAAUUACCAGAGAUUUUUUGUUUAACAAAUCCAUUUACAUCAUCAAACAAUGUUUGCUGAAAUAUAAUAAUAAUAAUUUAAUCAAUACGAAUGAUAAUAAUGUGAUUACUGAUUAUGGGACGGUUGACAAUAAAAUUUUUAACCCAAAUAUUACUGGCGAUAUCACACUAGAUAGUGUAACAAGCAUAUUACAUUCCGCGCAUAUCAAGGGAGAGGUGACUAGAUUUGCGGAACUAACAAUUUUGAGUGUUAAUUUGGUUAAUAGUAAUGUUGUAACCGGAGCCACUGGUGAUUCGCUGAGAGGCUACACCAAGGUGCUAAGUGCAAUGUGUGGAAGGGAGUAUAAAUUUAAGAUAAAUGACGGAAUUUAUGAUGUUUUCCAAUGUGAAAAUUGA